AUGAUCGCCGCGCGGUUGCGCGGCCUCCGACUCGCACCCACUGCGCAGCUUAGUCUUGCAUUGGCCCGAGUUCGAAGGCCCCAGCCUUGCGCAUUGCGAUACUCGAGCAGCAGCGGCGCCGUACCUAUCUCCAACGCAAGAUCUGUCAACGCGCGGCCAAAGAAUGCGGGAGCACACCGCUCCGGCAGAAGCUGCUCCUGCGGACGACAACUCUCCGCCCAGUGGUACACGGACGCUGAGAAAGAUAAGGAACCCAUGUGCAUCCAUUGUUACUACCGUCGCAGAAGAGAGAGGGCCAAUGCGGACGUCAAGGUCUCCUGCUUGGAUUGCGGUACCGGGACCAGCUAUUACUGGUAUAAACACCCCGAAUCCGGGAAGAUUGGGAGAUGUAGCACGUGCUAUAGACGCGACAGAAAGGGGCACUACAGAUGCAGGACGUGCUAUCUGCGGGAGAACAACAAGAGCGCGGUGUUCGUCGGCAGAAGCUGCGUUGAGUGUGGAUCUGGCCAUGAGAGAGGGGGGCCGUGGUACAGGCACCGUUCCUCUGACGGCAACUGGGAUAAUUCCUACAUCUGCAAGCCAUGCUGGCGGCGACUGGAUAGGGCUCGCAAGAGAAAGGCAAGGAGACACGAAGAGACCAGGGGGCACUUCGAGUCUGAGGACGCAUGA